UUUUGAUAUUGUAARYAAUACAAUCGGCGUUUCGCUAUUUUGUCGUGUCAUAUGGUUCGAGUUCAAAGUGUCUCAUGUGACGGACGCUGUGUUGUUUAUAGUCAUUCGUUUAACCGUCCAAAACAACUCCACGGAACGACGGCACAUAUUCAACAUCUUGAGAGCAGCUAAACCGACUAAACCUYUAUUUAAUCGGCUCGUUUUUUCCCUUCUUUCAAGGUUAAACUGGGGAAUGUCAGUUGCUUGAUUUAAGCAAUUUUAAACAGCUGGGAAUUAAAUUAAAUUUGCGGAGAAAAUCACAGCAAAUAUAACAAUGGCAUCCAAGUCAACUCUUCGUAAAAGACUAUGUGGUAAAACUGGUACAGURAUAUGGAUGUUAAGUUUGACAUCUUCGUUCUUCCUCGUUGAGAUAGUUGUUGGUUACGCUACUAAUUCMAUGGCGUUAGUAGCCGAUUCGUUUCAUAUGCUGUCCGAUGUGAUGUCCCUUAUAAUUGGCUUUGUUGCUCUAAGAUAUUCAAAGCGUAGCCAAAGAACAGACCGAAAUACGUUUGGAUGGCAGAGAGCUGAAGUUCUUGGGGCCUUGAUCAAUGCMGUAUUUCUCAUUGCUCUGUGUUUCUCCAUACUGGUCGAGUCUUUAAAAAGGCUAAUCGAGGUCGAAUCGAUUCAUAAUCCUACUCUUGUAUUAAUAGUUGGYGGUGUAGGUCUAGUUAUCAAUGUUAUAGGUCUGGCUAUGUUUCAUCAACAUGGACAUGGCCACAGUCAUGGCGGUGGAGGCCACGGUCACAGCCAUAAGCCGGCUAUCAAUGACAGACUAGUUGUGGUCGAAGAGUCUGAUGAUAAYGACACUGAAACGAAGGAAGAAACGGAGAAAGACAGUGCACAAGCUAGCAAUGCAGAAUCUAUAAACUCAGCUUUCCUUCCCAAAGAAAAUGGAGAAAUCCUUGAAAACGUCAAUGAAAAUGGCAGCCUUCAAGUCCACUCCAGGUCAAAUCAGAAAGUCAAAUCCAGUGCUCAGCUUAACAUGAGAGCAGUGUAUCUCCAUGUACUUGGUGAUGCCUUAGGRUCAGUUAUUGUCAUAAUAAGCGCACUUAUCAUAAUGUUCGCUAAGGGUAAAUGGACACUGUACGUUGAYCCKGUCAUGAGUAUAUUUAUGACAUGUCUGAUUCUACGUACGUCCAUACCACUGAUGAAAGAAUCUUCAUUGAUCCUUCUACAAACUGUACCCACMCAUAUCAAGAUCAAAGAGGUGCAAGAGAGACUGUUGGAAGGRGUCAAYGGUAUYCUUAGUGUACAUGAAUUUCAUGUGUGGCAACUUGCAGGGGAUAAAAUCAUUGCAUCAGCACAUAUCACAUGUCAAACCCCAGAUGACUAUAUGAAGAUCGCCAAUCAGAUUAAGAGAUUCUUCCACAACGAAGGGAUUCAUUCCACCACAAUUCAGCCUGAGUUUGUGGAAGAAAUUCACACAGUAAAGCAAGACAAAGAAUGUGUCUUGGCCUGUGGUGAAAUGGAAAACUGUGCUGCACAAAAAUGCUGUUCAGAUGAUGUAAGUGAUAUCCGYAAGAGAGUGUCAAACUCCACCCCAUGCACAAUUCUGGAUCCAAACAGCCUUCCAUUGCAACAUGAAUCAGUUGUUUAGCAUUAGUCUUAGGCUUUUAGUAACAUACACCAUGCAACAUUUUGGCACUACAUGUUAUUGGUAACCACAGCUUGUAUUGUUUUCAUGUUAAGAUACAGUAGAAAUUACAGAAUCUUCUUUGAUGUGCUACUUAUUAAACUUCCUCUUCUGGAUAAUGCUUUAUUUGGCUUUUAUUUGACAGUUCUGUAUUCAACAUAUAGAGCGUCAUAGAUGUUGCAUUGUGUAACUUUGUCCUGAAUGAUUAUCAUCAAAGGAACCAAAGGAACUCUUUUUGAUGUAUGAGUGCAGAGAGAGAUGGAAGAAUCAACGGAUAAAUGAUAAACUAAAUGGUAAAACAAUUGAAUCAUCAGUAAAUAUAAGAUUUGAAUGAUUAUUGAAUAAGGGGAUGAUUGAAUAAUAGAAUGAUUGCAUACAUGUAAAAGGAUGGAAAAAAUGAUUGGCAAAUAAGUGAGCGAGUGAUCAGAUAAAUAUAUGAAUAAUGAGAGUGAUUAAUGAAUGAAUAGUAAUAUGAAGAAAUUAACUUAUUAAUGUGUGUUUGAAUGUUGAACCAUAUCAUUCUUGUAAGUAGCUGCUAGGUAAUGAUUGUUUUUAGUGUUGUUAUUGACUUCUUGUUUGUUGAACUUAACCAGAAAGAAGAUAUCUUUAAGAUGUGAUUUUAUAUGAUUUUUAAUAGUAAAACAAAUGAUUUAUGUAAAUUUUUCUUGCAAGUGCAUAUUUUUACAAUCUUUUUGAUAUGCUUGUCUCCUGAGAGUGAUUUGUGUAGAAAUAGAUUAUAUUCUAGCUAUUGGUAUACAUUGUUUGCAGAAGGGUUGUACAAUGUUGGAAAAACAGAUACUUAUUCUUAAUAUCAGGUGGGAUUGAGGGGUAUUUAUUAUUGAUGUAGUAAUUAGACCAGGUCAGAAAUUAUUACAUGAAUGGUUGAUAGUCGAGUCAAAUUAGUAUCACACACUUGCAUUUAGUUAUGUAAGGCAUAGUUAUUUAGAUAGCCAUCUCAGACAUUUAUACUUUUUAAAGAUUUAUCA